GAGCACAAACAGAAAAGAAUCAGACUUUUAAAAGACAACUUUCAGUUCAAAUCCGCAAUUACUAUGUUAAAUGUUUAGAAAAUAAAUAAAAAAUUGGAAGAUUUUUUUCAAAUGAGCAAGAUUAAGUAAUACUCUAGAGAAAAACAAAAAAUGAAGACAUAACUGACAAUGCAUCAUCUUAAAAAAGUGUGCGAGUUAGCAUGCAGUAGAUUCAUAAAACUACAGACUGUAUUUUUGUGGAGGUUGAUAACUGAAGGGCGAGCCAAAAGUAAGGCUGGCUCACGUGAAGUUAAAUCCCUCCAGAACAAACUAAUUAAAGGCAUGUUGAAAACACAAGAUGGAAAUGGAUGAGCUGCUGUGGUGACAAGGCRAAAAAGAGAAGUACCAAUCUUAGAAAGAGCGGAGUUGCCUGCUGUUGAGCUUUAGUGACACUGUCACACCCGGGAAAUCCUUCACUAAUCCUCCACCCCACGGCCAAUCCGACAGGUCACCUGUACUGGGAUUAGAUCCUCAGCCUGUGUACCACUGACUUCUAUGGACUUUGACAAUUUUUUCCCCUCCUUUUCACGUUUCAUGUGUUUUCUGGGAAGAAAUCUUCUGUCUUUUAUCGAAUGCAGAUGCAUUUUUUCAUUAUAUCUCCUGAAUAUGGUACUUUUGGGCGUAUCGGGUGAUGCCAUGUGUCGAAUUCUCUGUCUGCAUGUAUUUCUGUGCUGCUUCAGUAUGGCUCUAGCGUUCUGUCCAUCCCAGUGUACUUGUGUCUUCCAUGGACGUACAGAUGGAACGGGAACCAGGUAACAUGUACUUAAAUUGUCCAGACAGAUAAGUUUGCCAUUAUGUAGAAAAAGGUCUCUGCACCAGACAGUCAAAGUGCUUCAAAGGCACUCAACAAAACUGAAUACAUUGUAAAAGUUUUCGUUURCAUUAGCUUCAAUUUAUUCAUCUCUGACUUACAGAUCUGUCCUCUGCAAUGACCCAGACAUGUCCGACAUCCCCAUUAAUGUUCCAGUGGAUACGAUCAAACUCCGUGUUGAGAAAACCGCAGUACGGCGAAUCCCAACAGAAGCUUUUUACUACCUGGUGGAGCUACGGUACCUCUGGAUUACCUACAACUCCAUAACCUCGGUCGAUACAGGAAGUUUUUACAACUUGAAGGUGCUCCAUGAGCUGAGGUUAGACGGAAACAUGAUCUCUGUUUUCCCCUGGGAGUCYCUCAAAGAGAUGCCCAGGCUGAGGACUUUGGAUCUUCACAACAACAGAAUAACUAAUGUCCCCACUGAGGCAACCCCCUACCUCUUAAACAUCACGUACUUGGAUUUAUCCAGCAACAAACUGACAACCCUGUCCUCUGAUCUUAUGGAUAUCUGGCCACCUUUUAAUGGCGUACCUGUCUCUUCUAAUGCUUCUCAAAAAGUCGUGUUAGGCCUUCAGGACAACCCCUGGUUCUGCGACUGUAAAAUCUCCAAGCUGAUUGAGAUGUCCAAAAUGGCUGACACGCCGGUGGUUCUGAUGGACCUGUUCCUGACCUGUGCCGCUCCAGAAAAUUUGGCAGGUGUCCUUUUUCAGCGUGCUGAGCUUGAGAAUUGCGUGAAACCCUCAGUGAUGACAUCUGCAACAAAGUUAACGUCCCCUUUGGGUAGUAACGUCCUCUUACGAUGUGAUGCCACAGGAUCACCAACCCCAACUCUUUACUGGAUGAAGUCAGAUGGCUCACCAGUCAACAAUGCAGUUCAGGAAUCCCCAGGGGAAGGCAUAAAGUGGUCCAUCAUGAGCUUGCAUGGAAUAGAGUACAAAGAUGCUGGGAACUACAGCUGCAAAGCAAAGAAUGUUGCUGGUACUGCAGAAGCAACCAUUUCCCUAUCAGUUGCAGGAACCACCAGCACCACCACCCCUCCAACGCGACCUGGCGGUGGGACUGGACCGACCGGCCAAUUCAUGACUCUCACUCCCCCCAGAGGCAGUUCUAACUCACCCUUCGCGAUGACUACAUCCUUCCCAAGACUAUCCACAACCCUUUCUGAUGUCCAAAAGCAGCUCAGCUCAAUCUCUGGUAGCGAUUUGCAGAAGAGCUCGCUCAGGCAAAUAAAAACCCAGCAAGGAGGUAACGGGAAAAAACUUGCCGCUGACGAAAAAAGCAAGAAAAACGAUGCAUCGCGACCAAUUAAAGACCUACGGAUAAUGGAAGAAACAGCUGACAGUGCAGUGUUGCUCUGGACUGCAGGUGGAUUGCUUAAUGAUGCUCCACUCACAGUUGUAUAUUCACCGUAUGGUGAUGAUGAGACUAAAAGGACGAUGGAAACCAGGGCCGGGAGUGGAAAAAUACUCCUCGAUGGGCUGUCACCUGGAAUGAGGUACUCGGUUUGCCUGGUAGCAAAAGGGAAUCCUGCURGAAAAGACCCUUGCAUCGACUUCUACACAGAAGACGGUGAGCAGAACCAGCUUUUCUUCAUCUUAAGUGGCAUUGCCUGUGCUUUGGCUCUGCCUCUUAUUGUUCUCCUGAUCUACAAAAUUCUUGCUCUCUACUGCAAGGGACGCAGCACUGCUUUGACUCAAGACGAGCUAGAAAAGGAGAGCUAYGUAAAGUUUGAGACAAUUUCAAUGAAACAAAGGACUUUGAACCCCCAUCCCACUGAGCUUUGGGCAAGAAGACCGACUAAUGAAUCAGAGCGUCUGUUGCUGUGUUCUCGCUCAAGCAUCGACUCCCAGAUGACCUAUAAGAGUGACGGUUCCCGCUCUGAAUAUCUCUGCUGAUGUCGAAGCCCAAUGCAAAACAGUCAAAUCUGCCUUUAAAAACAAAAUGGAUAACAAAGAUUACCUUUAAAUCAAUGAGCCAUUAACAAAUACUGCAGUUAUUAACUGUUAAAGAUUUAUUUAAUUAUUUUCAAAUGCGUCAACAAGCAACUCUUUGAAGGUUGUUCUUGUUGUUUAUUGAUCCUUGUCCAGGUUUUGAGCCUUACGUUUCACAUAUACAAUUAAAUGGUUAUUGCUAUGAGGUUUUAGUUUGAAACAAGACCAUUCAAAAAGCAGGUUAGAAAUUUCCAUAUUGUGUCGGAUGUUUAUUUUAAUGCCAAAGUUGCGAAGUGUCAGACUUGAAUAUUGUGGUGAUCUCAGUGAGAAUCGAGAAUAUUUCCUAUUUCUAUCUACAAUUGUUGUUUCAAACAUCAAGCUAACUGUUGCCUUAUUAGAUAUAAAAAGUGUAUUUAUAAAAGUAUAUUUUUACUGUGUUUGGUAGAAUUUAAAUUUAUGACUCAUCUGACAAAUGUUUCCACUUUAACAUGAUAUCUGAACUGAAUGUUGAUUGUUGU